AUGGCACUCGGACUCGGUCAAAUGUUUUACGUACUACUAUGCUUCAUCAAUGGCAUUGCCGUAUUAAGUGAAGAACGGUUUCUCGCUAGAAUCGGAUGGAGCGCACAAGUCGAACCAGGAUUCGGUAAUCUGGAAACACAAUCCAUCAAAUACAAAAUUAUCAACUUAAUAUCCGCCGUGAGAACACUUAUGCGUAUUCCACUGAUCGCAAUCAAUAUCAUGGUCAUUAUAUACGAACUCUUGCUCGGUUAA